AUGUUUCAAUAUUGCAGAGAUCUUGUGUCGCGACACAAGAAGAAGAUUCUCUUCAGCACGGGGCUGGUGGCGUUUUCGUACGUGGUAAGCACCUAUGUGAGCAAUAAACUGGCCGAACUACAAGAGAGAUUAAAAGAGGAGAAUUUUGCCAAAGAGCAGAUCAAGAGGCGUUUUAAGCAGACACAGAACGACUGUUACAUGACGUUUCUGUCGCUGUUGCCUGUGUUGACAGAACCUAUUUAUGAGACGUUGAACGUUGAGGAAAUUACCAAAGAGCUUCAGAACAAGCGGCUUGAGAGACAAAAGAGUAAAAACCUUCCUGUUGGCAACGUGACCGAUCCGGCACUUUCGACGGUGUUGAGUGACGACUUUUCUGUUCAUAAUGAGAAAGAGACUACUGUUCAGGCAUCUGGUCCAACACAGAUCAAGACCAAGACCGAACUGUGGAACGAGCUGAGAAACCAGAGUAUCACGCGUUUUUUGACAUUGCUAUACUGCGAGUCGCUUCUGAUCGUGUUUUUGCACCUGCAACUGAACAUACUGUCCAGGCGGUCGUAUUUGGAUACAGCUAUCAAGUUGGCAUCCAAGACUAAAGGUAUUAAGCUGGAGAAUGAUUCCGGUAUCUCGUUGGACGGAGGAUACGGUUCUUUCGAAGACGAGAGCGACCACAGCGCACAGGACGAGAACCUUGCUGAACAAGCAUUUUUGUCUUUUAGCUGGUGGCUUCUCAACAAGGGAUGGACAGAAUUGGAGAAGAAGAUUGGAGCAAGCGUGGAGGACAUUUUCGGAGAAAUCAAUCCCCGCCAGGAGUUGUCGAUUGAGGAAUUCGCCACUCUGAUCAACAAGACACAACAGAUUAUUGACAAGGAUAUCAAUUCAUCUGCCGAUUUGGAGCCGUCCGCGGUGAUCACGUCGCUGAUUCCACCUGCCAACUUGGAGUUCUUCUUGUUGCAACAGACAAACGACAUGGACUUCUUGGCCAACUUUAACAACAAUCUACAGAACUCGGAGAACCUGAGCAAGCUGUUGGACGAGCUAAAAGGAUACCUCAACAACGAACAGGUGAGUGCCAUUAUAAGUCUGCUGGUGACGGUGGGAAUUUCCAAGGUUCUCGACAACAUUGUGGUCAACCUCAUGAACAAACAAAAAAACCCAGACAGAGAGGAACAGGUUCUCACACAGAUACCCAAGGUGAAGCUGGCUUCGUUACUUGCAUCCAUCACCAAACAGUCGAACCAGCUCACAAACAAUUCUCUUGACAAUGAGAUCUUGUACACUCUCAACAACUUACAGGAGCUAGACGAUCUGAGUGCGAGCGUCUACUCCAAUUUCGACGCUUAG